ACAACAAUCCUACAAGCAAAUCUACACAACCACGCAUGGAAUGUAUCAUUAGAUCAGAAUGCAAAGCACAGACAAUAUAGUUGCAUGCUUGAAAUGGCAUUUUGAAUGCGAAAGUAUGUAUGAAUACAUGAUAACCUUUGCUAUGCUUAUUGCUGCAAAAAUAUUGAUAAAGUGCUGCACCUCUCUUGGUUGUUCUAGUGCUGCCCUAUUUGUGAAAUUUACAAUCCAUUAAUGAAGAAUGGAAAUAAUGUCAUUAUAAAAAAAGUCAUAUACAAUCAACAGAACCUACAAUUUCAAUAAUUAUCGACGAUUUGGCAUAAGAGUUCAUUCAAAUAAUUAAAGCAAGUCGAGCUUAUUAUAUUAUUGAAAACGCUGUAAUCCCGGGAUUAUUAGAAAAAUAAUUGUUUUCGUGUUUAACAUUUUUUUAAUAUACAUAUGAUGCAAAAUAUCGGGGAAUAAUCCAUCAAAUGUACUUAACAAGUGGCAGCACAAGUGCAUCUUCAUUAUCUGAACAUAUUGGUUGGUUGAUAGCGAGCCAAGCCCAGCCUCUGAGGAUGUGAAAUCAGUGGUUGCGAUGCAUUGAGAGCGUUCACAAUAUCGAAGAGCUUGUGCAUAUUAAUUAGUAAUUGUGAAAGUCAAAUUUGAACAAUAUGGUUGACAAAUUGGAUGUAAUAAUAUUCGGUGCAACCGGUUUCACUGGAAAGAUUGUUGUCGAAAAGGCGGAGGAAGUGUUGCAAGGACUCACAUGGGGGAACAUGCAGGAAGAAAUUUGCAAAUUGGAGAAUGUAUUGAGUACGGUUGGUAAAAAAACUGGCAAGGAUCUGUCGCAAGUAUCAAUCACUUUAGCGGAUGUUGAGGAUGAAAAGGCUAUCAAAGAGAUGGCAAACAAAUGCAAGAUCGUUGUGAACUGCUGUGGUCCUUACCGUUUUUAUGGUGAAAUUGUGGUGAAGGCUUGCAUUGAAGCCGGUACGCAUCACGUCGACAUUAGUGCUGAACCACAGUUUAUAGAAGGCAUGAUGGUGAAUUAUCAUGAUUUGGCCAAAGAGAAACACGCCUAUGUGAUCUCAGCUUGUGGAUUUGAUAGUAUACCCGGAGAAAUGGGUGUAGUAUUUGCAGAACGCAAUUUUCCAGGCACAGUGAACUCCAUCGAAUCCUAUUGGGAGAAUACAGUCGAUUUCAAAGAUAAAAAUUGUAAAACUUUAGUACAUACCGGUACUUGGGCGAGUCUCAUUCAUGUAUUUGGCAAUACCGGUGAGCUUAUUGCGAUCAGAGAGAAGCUGACACCCAAAGAUCUCCCCCGUUUGGAACCGAAAUUGAAAGUUCGUUCUUAUCCACAUAAAGAGUUUUCGCUGGACAGCUAUUUUGUGCCCAUUCAAGCUGGAGAUCGUGAUCUUGUUGUGCAGACACAAAACUUUCGGUUUAAAAAUGAGAAAAAGCGGCCCAUACAAUACGAGAACUAUAUAGGUUUUAAAAGCGUAUUUGUCACUCUCUUUGCUCCAUUGCUGCUGGCCAUAUUCUCAAUUCUCGCGAGAUGCAGUUUAACGCGCAAAGUGUUAAUGAUGUUUCCCAAUUUUUUCACUUUCGGCAUUUUAACAGAAGAGGGUCCCACUGAGGACAACAUGGAGAGACAAUCCUUUGAAAUGGUUUUCAAAACCAAAGGUUGGACCAAAGAUCAAUUGCUGAGUGAAGAACCUAAACAGCAAUUAUGGACUCGUAUUUCCGCGCGCAAUCCCUUCUAUGCCAUGACUGCUGUGGCAAUGUUGUCCUCGGCUAAGAUAAUUUUGCAGGAGACCGACAAGCUGCCCGGAAGUGGCGGCGUAAUUUCACCCGGUUAUGCUUUUCUUAAAACAAGUUUAAUUGAGGAAUUACAGAAAUAUAAAUAUGGCAUGCGGUUCGAGAUAUUGAAAUUGGAGCAAAUUUAAAAAUCAGCUAAAAAUGAUCGAUUAACGAAAAUUUGUUUCUAAAUGAGGUUACGGUUACUUUAAGUUAAUAUGAAUUAAUACUCCUUGUCUAUAACGUGAUGUGAUGUUGGAAAUAAGAUAAAUGUAUAUUUUUAAUUUCAAAUAAAAACAAGUAAGGAAGGGCUAAGUUCGGGUGUAACCGAACAUUUUAUACUCUCGCAAUUUAUUUAUUUAACUUUAUUUAUAUUAUAUAAUACACAAUUUGACCCACAUAUUCGUCAUAUAUAUUGUAUAAAGUCCAUUGAAACCAUAAAAUUAGGUUAGAAGCACCGAGGUCCUCGUGUUCGAUAUAUGGGGCCUCUAAAACCUAUGGUCCGAUUUCGGCAAUUUUUAGAAUGGGGCUGCCACACUAUUAACAUAAUAUUUGUGCAAAGUUCUGCAUUAAUAUCUUCACUAGUACUUACUUUAUAUAUUGUAAAGUAACCGAUUCAGAUUGUCUUCAAAGUUCUGGUAUAUAGGAAGUAGGCGUGGUUGUGAAGCGAUUUGGCCUAUUUACAAACCAAGUUUCAUUGAAAUCGGUCGAGUAGUUCCUGAGAUAUGGUUUUUGACCUAUAAGUGGGCGACGCCACGCCCAUUUUUCAUUUUGUAAAAAAAUCUGAGUGCAGGUUACAUCUGCCAUUUCUUAUGUAAAAUUUAGUGUUUCUGACGUUUUUCGUUAGUGAGUUAACCCACUUUUAGUAAUUGUCAACCUAACUUUUGUAUGGGAGGUGGGCGUGGUUAUGAUCCGACUUUUUUCAUUUUUGGACUGUAUUAGGAAGUGGCUAAAAAAACGACUGCAGAAAGUUUGGUUUAUAUAGCUCUAUUGGUUUGCGAGAUAUGUACAAAAAAUUUAGUAGGGGGCGGGGCCACGCCCACUUCCCCAAAAAAAUUACAUCCAAAUAUGCCUCUUCAUAGUGCGAUCCUUCAUAUAAAAUUUUCCAUAGCUUUAUUUAUGGCUUAGUUAUGGCACUUUAUGUGUUUUCGGUUUUCGCCAUUUUCGAAAGCAACCUUCCUAUGGUGCCAAGAAAUAAGUGUGCCAAGUUUCAUCAAGAUAUCUUAAUUUUUACUCAAGUUACAGCUUGCACAGACGGACGGACGGACGGACGGACGGACGGACAGACAGACAUUCGGAUUUGAACUCCACUUUUCACCUUGAUCACUUUGGUAUAUAUAACAAUAUAUCUAACUCGUUUAGUUUUGGGUGUUACAAA